AUGCCUUCAGAGAGUUCAGAGGUUGCUAACAUUUUCAUUGUAAAGAUUUCAUCUAGUUCAUGUGAUCAUGUCAAGCUCGCACAAUCCAACGGUGGAAGUGCGCGCAUCAUCCAAUGGAACGUCAGCCUCGCCGAUGAGCUCAGUGUGCCAGGCGUUCUGUUCCUCGUCACCGGCGCCUUCUCCACCAUCACAUUGGGCCUCAUCGGCGCCGUCAGGAACGACGCGAAGGACGUCACCGUCCCUAUAUUUCCCGGCCGCGAGUUAAGGAUUCUGACGACCGAGUUGCCUGAGUUCUUGAGGACCUCGCCGCAAGUCGCUGGCCGCUCUGAACCCAAGAAGCUAGUUUCACGGUCACGGCCAUCAAGCUACUUUGGCGCCGUCGUCAACACAUUCUUCGACCUCGAGGGCGACUUCUGCGAGAUGUACGUGCGAGACAAUCACGCCAAGCGCGCCUACUUCGUCGGGCCCGUCUCGCCGCCGCCAUUGCCGGAAUCCGGCGAGUCACCAUGCCUCGACUUGCUGAGCUCCAAGUCGGCCAGGUCGGUGGUCUACGCCUGCUUCGGUAGCCUGGCCCACGUCUCGGAAGCUCAGCUCGACGAGCUGGCCAUGGGGCUAGAGGCCGCCGAGAAGCCAAUCCUGUGGGUGGUGGACCCACGGGGCCACGGGUGGACACCGCCGGAGGGCUGGGAGGAGAGGGUUGGAGACGACGGGAUGGUCGUCAGAGGAUGGGCCCCACAGACGGCGAUACUGGCCCACCCGUCAGUCGGUGCCUUCGUGACGCAGUGCGGAUGGAACUCGGUGCUCGAGGCGGUCGGCGCCGGAGUCCCGGUCCUGACAUGGCCAAUGGUGUGCGAGCAAUUCAUCACGGAGAGGCCUGUGACGGCGGUGCUCGGGAUCGGGGAGCGGCUAUGGGGACGGCGCGGAGUGCGGAGCACCAGGGACGAGGAGAAGGAGGUCGUCCCGGCGAAGGCAGUGGCGAAGGCCGUGUCAAGGUUCAUGGAGCCAGGAGGUGCGGCGGAGACGGCGAGGAGCGCCAUCAAGGAGCUCGCCGUGAAGGCCCGCGCCGCCGUGGCAGAUGGCGGCUCGUCGUACUGUGAUCUGCGCCGCCUCAUCGACGAUCUAAUGCGAGCGAAAUAGUUGCAAAGAGACUUGCUCCCGUUAAACAAAAAGUAUGUCAAGAUACUGUUAUCUCGAGGUAUCAAAUUGUUUUUCAUCGUUGAACCUAACUGAAUAAGAUGUGUACUAUUAGAUCCAAUAAUA